AAAUUCCUCGCCCACUCUCUCUCUCUCUCUGACACAAACACGCACACUCCAUUAAACCCUUCACCAACUCCAUUUACCAUAAUCUUCCUCUCGAACACACAUUCUCUUCUAAGAAUUCUAGAGAGAGAGAGAGAAAAUGCGUGGUGAAGAUCUUGAAAACAGAGGAGGAGGAACAGGGGAAGUGAAAAGCAGAGCAAACAAUGGGAGCUACUCGCACUCUUCUUCUUCCUAUAUGAUUGAUGAUUCUGAGACCCGUUGGACUUCUUGGUUGGUUCCCGUGUUCGUGGUGGCCAACGUAGCUAUGUUCCUUGUUUCCAUGUACUUCAACAACUGUCCCAAGCACAAUCCUGGGAACUGUGUAGCGAGGUUUCUUGGUCGGUUCUCCUUUGAGCCUCUCAAGCUCAAUCCUUUGUUUGGUCCUUCUUCUUCAACAUUGGAGAGGUUGGGAGCGCUUGAGUGGACUAAAGUUGUUCAGAAGCAUCAAGGAUGGAGACUUGUCACUUGCAUUUGGUUGCAUGCUGGUGUUAUUCAUCUGGUUGCAAACAUGCUGAGCCUGGUCUUCAUUGGCAUACGCCUUGAGCAGCAAUUUGGGUUUGUUCGGAUUGGAGUCAUUUACUUGUUGUCAGGAUUUGGUGGGAGUGUACUUUCCUCUUUAUUUAUUAGAAACAACAUCUCCGUUGGUGCCUCUGGCGCUCUUUUUGGGCUUCUUGGAGCAAUGCUUUCAGAACUUAUCACAAACUGGACUAUUUAUACUAACAAGGGUGCAGCUAUGAUCACACUCCUGGUCAUCAUUGUCAUCAACCUUGGACUUGGAAUUUUGCCACAUGUUAAUAAUUAUGCCCACAUCGGUGGAUUUUUGACGGGUUUCCUCCUUGGCUUUGUUUUGCUUCCCCGUCCUCAAUUUGGGUGGUUAGACCAGCGGAAUCUCCCUGCAGGCAUUCCUGUCAAAACCAAAUACAAGGCUUACCAAUACGUGUUAUGGUUUAUUUCCAUUGUUCUGCUGAUUGUUGGGUUUAUAGUUGCAUUGGUGAUGCUUUUCCGAGGAGAGAAUGGGAAUGAUCAUUGCCCCUGGUGUCACUAUGUGACCUGUGUACCCACUUCCAGAUGGAACUGUGAUAAAAAUUAAGCCUCCUAGAAGGGUCUUCUACUCUAGUGUCUUUUUCCCUCGUAUGUAAAUGCACAUAGUUGUUUUUGAAAUUGAUCUUUGCUCUAUUGUGUUGUAUAUGCUUUUACUCUUUUAAGAUUGGUGCCAUAGUUUCUAAAAUUUUCAUAUGUAUGCGUAAAUUGUAGUCAUUCUUCCAUUGUAUCUGCUUGUUUGGUGCAUUAUUGUGUCAAGAAUCAA